AUGGAGAAUGAAGGUCAGCUAGGGACUCCAAGCGGCAGCCAUCGCACAAGCAGGAAGAGCAAUACCCCUCGCUCCUACAUCAGUCGAGACACCAGUCCUUCGUCACGGCAGAGUUUCAUAGAUUCCAACAAUCCUGUCGAAGUUCAGUCUCCUGUUGCGGAAGAGGAUUACCCCAAUUUCCCUGCCACUCAUCAUAGCGACUCUGAUGAUGAUUCGGGUUCAGACGAAUACGACUCCGACGAAGAGGAUUCCACAUCCACAAUCACCACGAAUCGUCUUUCCUCAUCUGAUACACCCGUACCAACUCGAAAAUGGUACACAAUACCCACUAUACCAUUACUAUACCGUAAUAUCUUUAAAUGUGCAUUGGCAUACGUCCUUGCCUCCCUUUUCACCUAUUCACCCCAUCUCUCUGGCCUGAUAAGUGAUCUUGUAACGUACGGUUCGAAUGAGCGCCGACCUCUUCCCAGUGGACAUAUGGUUGCGACAGUCGCCGUCUAUUUCAACCCCGCAAAGACCACGGGCAGUAUGAUCGAAGCGGAUAUAUUCUGUAUCUUUGGCUUGUUUUACGCAGCAUUCGUCUCCCUGACUAGUAUGUCCCUGUUCUGGUGGCUUGAGCUCAAACCUGGCUGGGAAUGGCUUGCUGAUACAUUCGUUAUCCUUUGGAUCGGUGUCAGUAUGAGUAUCUUGGCUUGGCUGAAAGUCUGGAUGGCUAAUCCCCAAUUCAACACGGCCUGCAGCAUGAUUGUCAUCCUCCUUUUCAUCGUGCUUAUCAAAGAGGGUGGCUUGCAGACACUUCUUCAAGUGUCCUUCAUCGUUUUUUGUGGUAUCGUAAUCUCCAAUCUCGUUUGCUUCUUCAUCUGGCCUCAGUCUGCUACCACUAAUCUGCAAACGAACAUGACGAAAACCCUUGACUCCUUCUCCACCCUUCUGGAUAUGCUGACAAACACAUUCUUACUAGAAGAAUCACCCCACCAUCCCAGUCAAGAGAAGAUCCAGCGCGCCGUCGAAAAUCACCAAAACAGUUUUACGAGCCUCAAGAAGAAUCUCAAAGAAGCCAAAAGUGAAUGGCAGUUUUCGGGGCAAGUCAAGCUUCCCGCUUCUGGAACAGGAAAUGGUCGUGCACUUCCGGUAUCAACGAAGGGUGAUCAGAGGAGGAAGGCAUACGAAGAUGCCGUUGAUUGUCUCAAUCGCCUCGCUCAGCACCUCAAUGGUUUGAGGAGCGGGACACGGCUGCAAUACGAUCUAAUCAAGGCUGGUGUUGUCAAGCGAAGAAGACACCAUAGCAGGCGGAACGGGAACGGCAAGAAUCAAAUAUUGGAUGGUGAUAGUGCCGAAGACGACGAGGAGACUGCGAUGCUGAAAGCUGCGGCAGUGAUGUUUGGCGAUCUCGUGGAUGAUUUGGGACCGCCACUGAAAGCACUAUCGUCGACGUGUACAUCAUCACUGAAGCGUUUGCGGGAGUCAGUAGUCAAGUCCCGUGUACGUGAAAAUGCGGCGACUGAUGCGAUUCAGCCGCAUGAAUUCUUGGAGUUGAUUGACGGGAUCGAAAGGGCUUUGAUGCGCUUCGAGAGCACGUCGAACCAUGCCGUCAUGCGGCUAUAUAGGAAGAGUGACUUAUCUCAUGCCAAUGCGGAAGACACGGGAGGUUUGAGCGCAAGUAGAGCCAGUAUCAUUUCCGGGACAGGGGACAAGGAGAACCUCAUGCUUACUGCGUCAGAUAACGAGCACAUCUUUUUGGUGUACUUCUUUAUCUUCACCUUGCAGGAGUUUUCUACGGAGCUGAUUUCUCUCGUCGAUGCCGUGGAAAGGAUCUACGCUCUGGAGCAGCAGCACGUGAACUGGAGAGGGUACUGGCACUUGGCAUAUAUUUCAGUCAAGACACGAUUAGCAACAUUGGUUACGUGGUCUAAGUCAGAGAGCGUUCAUGGCGGAAGGAAGAGGAGACGACCCUCUUUCCCUAAAGUACAACCUCAUGCGCCCAACACGGUUCUUACGCCCGCUCGAAGUAACUUGAAUUUCAUCGGCCGGAUGAAGCAGGGACUGUGGGCUAUUGGGACGCGAAUGACAGAAAGAGACGCCAAGUUCGCUGUUAAGACGGGUAUGGCAACUGCUUUGCUCUCUGCACCUGCCUUUUUCGACGCAACCCGGCCUAUCUUUCUUGAGUAUUAUGGUGAUUGGGCGCUUAUUUCGUUCUUUAUUGUCAUUUCGCCUACCAUUGGUGCGACCAACCUCCUCAGUUUUAAUCGUGUACUGUGGACUUUGGUCGGAGCGGCUGUCGCGGCAGUGACAUACUCACUAUUCCCAGAAGAUGCAGUUGCUCUCGUGAUAUUCGGCGCGUUCUACUCACUUCCGUGCUUCUACGUCAUCGUUUCGAGACCAGUACAUCUCUCUGCUUCUCGCUUUGCGCUGCUCACGUAUAAUCUGACUUGUUUGUAUUGCUACAAUAUACGGCAAAGAGAUGUAUCGGUAGUCUCCGUCGCGUGGCAUCGUGCUCUGGCUGUCAUCGCAGGGGUGCUCUACGCUGCUUUCGUUGCACGAUUUUGGUGGCCGUCUGAGGCUAGGCGUGAGCUCAGCAAGGCGUUAGGAGAAUUCUGUUUGAACAUUGGAUGGCUGUACACUAGACUCGUCGCGGCAAAUUCGUUUGCCCCGGAAUAUCGCGAAGAUUCUGAUGACGACGACUCACAUGCAGCCUCCUCUGAGGAUGUUGCGCUGCUUGGAUCUGAUCGUACGUCUGGUCGUACGACGCUGAACAAUUCUAUUCGGGAGUUUAUGGCUAUGGAACUCCAUUUGCAGAUCAAGUUGAUAGAGCUGCAAGGACUCUUAGCCCAGACACAGCAUGAACCUCGAUUGAAGGGACCUUUCCCCGUAAAGCUGUACCGUGGGAUAUUGACCAGCCUACAAACGAUCAUGGACCGAUUGCAUAGUAUGCGUUGUGUUACAACUCGUGAGGAAUGUGUUCGUCAAGAUUUCAUAGUCCCGGUCAACAAGGAGCGACGUGAAAUGGUCGGAAACAUCAUCCUGUACUUUUCAACGUUAGCUUCAGCGUUCCGACUAAAAGCUCCUUUGCCUCCGUAUCUUCCUCCUGCAGAGAAGUCUCGAGAACAAUUGGUGGAUGCUAUCAGGAGACUUGAGGUUGUUCGAAAUCGCGAUGUCAAAGGUUCAAGGCAGCUGCUUUUCUUUGCAUAUGCUUUGACGAUGAAAGGGGUUACUCAAGAACUGGAGUCGUUGGGGCGUACUCUCCAGGAUGCGUUUGGAGUCAUAGGACAGACACCAGAGGAAUUUGAAACUCUUUUCAUGGAUGAGGAGGGGAGUCGCAGAAUUAGCUAUGCUGCCUAG